AGUUUGUUGUUGUAGCUUGUCUUGUUCUUCUUCUCACAUUUCAUCUGUGCAGAAAAAGUGCCGCUUGCUGCGCGCAUGAGUAAAAUCAUACGAGUUGAUUUUUGCGAGUUGAGUGUUAUUCUUGUUCAAAACAAUGAUUGUUGAACCGAAUGAGCAAGCGCCCGAAAUCAUUAUAUUGAACACGAGCCGAACAAACUCGGAGUGAAACAAAAAAUCGCACACACACGAGUGAAUUUAAAAUCAACAACGAAAAUGUGAGCUCAGGCAAGUUUGAUCGGCUGAUCCGAACAGUGUGAUUAUUCGGCUGUUGAGCGCGUACGAAUGUUUUUCAUUCAGCAAAUGCCGUUCUCUGCUACAUUCCCUUCAAAACUUUUAAAAUAAUGACAUUACAAUAUGUCUCAAGCCUCUUCCUCCACCGGAGCCGUUAAGCGGCCCUGUUCCAAUUUAAAAUUAGUUUACAAUCGCCCUAAACCGGAUGUCCUGAAUAGUAUUUUAAAAUCGCGUGCUAAUCCGCGCUAUCGAUCACGACGCCUUUGGUACGAACUGAAUAUGCCCGAGUGUACAUCGGCAAUAUUCGACGGCCGAAUGAUUUCUACGUCUCUGCCGGAUAGUCUGUUGUGCCAUACACGCGAAAUGCGCUCAAAGAAUAAGCAGAAAAUGCGAAAGAAAGAAAGAAUUCGUACUUAUAUGGAGAUGCGUUUGGAACGUGAGGAUUUUCGCAAGAAAUUAGUGCAAUUAAUUGCCUGCGAAGAUGAGGACGUCGAGAUGACGGAAAGCGAAGGUGACGACAAGUUUCCGAAUAAAGAAGAAAAACAAAUGUUACGUUACUACUAUUACAUAAAACAUGGCAUAGACACAAUACACGUGGCGCCCAUGGGUAAACGUUUGCUAAAUAGAAUCACAAUACUCAUAAGACCGGAGCUAAAUAAAUGGCAAUCCGAGCUGAAUGAAACGAUAAGUGAGAUCAAAGCGGACUACACAUUUGCUAUGAAAAAAGCUGUUAUCGAUUUUGUUUUAAAUAACUCGUUGCCGAGUUUACGUAAAGGCAAAGAGCUAGCACUGACACCAGAACGAAAAGAGAUCAAAAUAAUGAUGAACCGUUGGAGAUAUCGUUAUGACGAUAAUCGUUGUCGCAUCAAGAAGACACUAUUUUGCAUUCACCGUAGCGUGGCCAGCAUUCUUGAUUUAUGGAGCACCAAAUAUAAAGAAAUUUUUUUUGUAGACGUCAAAGAGCUGGCACAAGCGAAGACACCUUAUGAACUGUACGAGUUCACAUAUUUGUGUGGACGUCAAAUCGACACCGCCAAGGGUAUGCUCGAGAACGAUUGGUAUGGUGAGAUACAUCAGAUUUUAUUGCGUGCCAGUAGACGUGGACUUUUGCCCAAUGUGAGGCGUAUGAAAUUGUUGCAACGCUUUUACAAUUGCGUGGCCGCAUUGAUGACCCAACAACUGGAGGACAUUUGUAUACGCAGCUUGACGUCCUAUGCGGAUUUUAUAUGUGAUUAUGGAAAAAGUAAUCCUGGACUUAAAAUCAGUCUCAUGCUUGAAGAUGAAGACAGUAUUUCCUUCAAUCCGAACUUCACCAAGGUGCAGCACGAACUUUUGCGCAUUAUCGAGUCCAUUGUUAUGUCAGUGGAUCAAAUGCCACGAAUCGAAAACAAACUGUACACAGAAUUGAAAAUCUCGGAUCAGUACCACUUGAAACCGACAAUACCAGAGUCCAUAAUAGCUAAUGCACGUAAUCGUAUAUGCGUGAUGUUGGAAGAUCAACGAAUUGGACCCGAAUUGCGUUUGCAAGAUUUCGAUCAAUAUAUAGACUUGAUGAAUGGUGUGGAUGCAGAGCGUAUAUCGAAAUUUAUCGCAUCCGAACCCACGUUUGAGCAGUAUUGUGAAAUGGUGUUGCAGUAUCGCCGUAGAGAAGAACAGAUAAUUCAAGAUAUUUGGGGUGAAUUACGUAUGGGACUGUACGAGUUCCAUCGUGGUAAAUUUAUAUCAAAUCUAGAGCAGUUAGCGCGUUAUAUGCAACAGGAACUGCUUGAGAAAAUGGUUGCCGACCAGCAAUCACAAAUUUCGAAACUGGGUAAGGAGUAUGAGAGUAUAGCCAAGAAGGCACUGACGGUGCCACAAACAACGGCAGAGUUAAUGGCACUCAAGGAAUUUGUCAUCAAUGCGGAGGAAACGCUAAUACCAGAAAUGGAGCAACGUUUGAAAGUCAAUAUGAACCACAUUUUAUGGCUGAUGGAUAAUAUAAUAUACUCGCCGUUGGAUAUAAAAAAUAACAGCAACACAUUCCAAUGGUAUUUAAAAAUGCCUUCUGUUUUCGAAGAGCAUCGCUUGAUCAUUGCUGAUAAAACCAUUGAGUAUCAGGAGCGACUUAAGAAGCGCAUUGAAGCUUUCCGACGUGAGCUACAGACCUACUAUGAACAAGUACAAGAUUACGAGAACUGGGGUGACAUCAAGCAUUUGGCGCGCUAUAAGCGUAGAGCAAAUGUUUUGGAUAGUCGUUUAGUUGCGGCUAUGGAUACAAUCGAUCGCAUAAAUGAAGAGGAGACAGCUUACGGUUGGGAACUCACCCAGUAUCCUAUACGUAAGAAGACUCACGAUCAGCUGAAACCAUUCAAAACUUUAUUCGACACUGGUCAGGAGUUUAUGGAGAAACAUGAUGCAUGGAUGCAUUCACAAGUUGGCACCUACGAUCCAGAUGAAAUCGAACAAGAUCUCGCGAAUAUAUAUCGUGUGAUACAGAAGUUGGAAAAACAAAUGACCGAUAAACCAGCGACAGCACAAUUGAUAAAAGAUGUUAGAGAACAAAUUGAGGAGUUGCGUACACAUAUGCCAAUAAUAAGUACACUCGGCAAUCCCGGCAUGAAAGCUCGUCACUGGGAACAAGUAUCCGAGAUUAUUGGUUUCCCUAUUAAAGUAUCUCCAGAAUUGACUUUGGAAAAGAUCAUUGAGUACGGCUUAGAAGAGUAUGUGCCCAAAUUUGAAGCGAUCUCAGAGAGUGCAACCAAAGAGAAUAAUUUGGAGCGUGCGAUGGCGAAAAUGGUUGCCGAGUGGCAAGAUAUGGCAUUCACCAUUUCGCCUUACAGGGAUUCCGGUACAUUCAAGCUUUCUGCAGUGGAUGAUAUACAGAUCCUACUGGACGAUCAGAUAAUCAAGACACAGACUAUGAAGAGUUCACCAUAUAUCAAACCAUUCGAGGAGGACAUAUUAAAAUGGGAAGCUAAAUUGAUGCUGUUGCAAGAUAUUUUGGAUGAGUGGUUGCGAGUGCAAGCGACAUGGAUGUAUUUAGAGCCAAUUUUCUCCAGUCCCGAUAUUCAGCAGCAAAUGCCAGAAGAAGGUCGUAGAUUCGCUGCUGUGGAUAAGAUUUGGAAAGAACUUAUGAAACAAGUAAAUUCAGACCCACGUGUAAUGGUUGUGGUUGAGAUCGAAAAGAUGAAUGAGAAACUUAAGAAAGCGUAUUCACUGCUGGAGGUAAUACAGAAAGGACUCAAUGCUUACUUGGAGAAGAAACGUCUCUACUUCCCGCGCUUCUUCUUCCUCUCCAAUGAUGAACUGCUUGAGAUACUUUCCGAAACUAAGGAUCCCACACGCGUACAGCCUCAUUUGAAGAAAUGUUUCGAAGGUAUUGCUACUUUGAACUUUACCGAGGAGCUUGAAGUGACUGCAAUGCGUUCAUCGGAGCGUGAAGAGGUUACACUGGUCGAUAUCAUUUCUACUGCGAAAGCACGCGGACAGGUGGAGAAGUGGCUGUUGGAGUUGGAAAUUGCCAUGAAGAAGAGUUUACAUUUGAAAAUAAGCGAGUCUUUCUAUAGCUAUCGACAGAUGGUACGAGAAACGUGGGUACUCUCUUGGCCAGGCCAGUGUGUGCAAUCAAUUUCCCUUACCUACUGGACACUUGAGAUCACUGAGUGCUUCUUCUCCGACGCGCCUGUUCCGAAUUUGCGCAAGUAUUUGACUCUUUGCAAAUCACAGAUCGCUAAAAUAGUUGAUCUUGUACGAGGUUACUUAAAUGCGCAGAAUAGGAUCACACUAGGUGCUUUGGUGGUACUGGAUGUCCAUGCGCGUGAUGUGCUGGCCGAAAUUGUCGAAAACGAAGUUUCCGACGCUAAUGAUUUCCAAUGGCUAUCGCAGCUGCGUUACUACUGGGAAGACAAUAACUUGGAUACACGCAUGAUAAAUAGUUCCCUCAAAUAUGGCUAUGAAUACUUGGGCAAUACGACACGGCUCGUGGUCACACCACUUACAGAUCGCUGCUAUCGCACGCUCUUUAGUGCACUGAAUUUGCAUUUGGGUGGCGCACCCGAAGGCCCUGCGGGUACCGGUAAGACAGAGACUACUAAAGAUUUGGCUAAAGCCGUGGCCAAACAAUGCGUGGUCUUCAAUUGUUCCGAUGGUUUGGAUUACCUUGCACUGGGUAAGUUCUUUAAGGGGUUAGCUUCCUGUGGCGCUUGGUCGUGCUUUGAUGAAUUCAAUCGUAUUGAUCUGGAAGUGUUAUCCGUGGUGGCGCAACAGAUACUCACUAUACAACGUGGCAUCAAUUCGGGUAGUCCUACAUUGAUAUUUGAGGGCACCACGCUGACGUUGGACCCUACAUGUGCGGUAUUUAUUACCAUGAAUCCCGGUUAUGCUGGACGUUCUGAGUUGCCAGAUAAUUUGAAGGCACUAUUCCGAUCUGUUGCCAUGAUGGUGCCCGAUUAUGCGCUCAUCUCUGAGAUUGAAUUGUACUCAUAUGGCUUCCUCACCGCCAAACCGCUGAGUGUUAAAAUAGUCGCUACUUAUCGCUUAUGUUCAGAGCAAUUGAGUACACAAUGUCAUUAUGAUUAUGGCAUGCGUGCUGUUAAAUCUGUACUGAAAGCAGCGGGCGCUCUGAAGUUACGUUAUCGCGAUGAAAACGAAGACAUAUUAGUGCUGCGAUCCAUUAAGGAUGUCAAUUUACCAAAGUUCCUCAAUCAAGAUGUCCCACUGUUUCAAGGCAUUACUUCCGAUCUGUUUCCUGGUACAGUCUUGCCUGAAGCAGACUACGUCGUCUUCAACGCAUGUACACGAGAAGCGUGCGAAAAGAAUAAUAAACAAUGUACAGAAUUCUUCUUGGAAAAAGUUCAACAACUUUAUGAAAUGAUUUGCGUGCGUCACGGAUUGAUGAUCGUAGGCUUGCCUUUUGGUGGCAAGACGACUACAUAUCGUAUAUUAGCAGAGGCUUUGGAGGGCAUGGAGAAAAAGGACGGCAGCGAGAAUCGUGCCAUCUAUUCCGUAAUGAAUCCCAAAGCAAUCACAAUGGGGCAGCUCUAUGGACAAUUUGAUGCGGUGUCGCACGAGUGGAGCGAUGGCGUUUUGGCGGUCAAUUAUCGGCAGUUCGCUAUUUCUGAUACUCCCGAUCGCAAGUGGCUGGUUUUCGAUGGACCCGUCGAUGCUAUAUGGAUUGAGAACAUGAAUACGGUGCUCGAUGACAAUAAGAAGCUUUGUCUGAUGUCUGGUGAAAUUAUACAACUUUCACCGACUACCAACUUGGUAUUCGAGCCAAUGGAUUUGGAAGUCGCUUCGCCGGCUACAGUAUCGCGUUGCGGCAUGAUAUACAUGGAACCCAGUUCAUUGGGUUGGGAACCGCUUGUGACAUCGUGGAAGAACAGCCUACCACCCUCAUUCCACGUCGUGAGUAAACAACUAAUAUCGGCGCUUAUAAUGCGUUUUUGUCCCCUAUUGCUCUACAUCGUACGCAAGGGUGGUCUACAUGAAAUUGCCCCGACUUCGGACACCAACCUCGUCGUCUCAAUGAUGAACAUUUUCGAAUGCUUCAUUGAUGACUUCAAAGAUGAGAAGUAUGUAACGAACUUAUCUGAUUUGGAUUUUCGCGCUCAGAUUGAAGGUGUCUUCAUUUUCUCCUGCAUCUGGUCGCUUGGCGGCGCUUUGGACUCACGCAGCCGUGAGAAGUUCAAUGUAGUUUUUCGUGCGUUGAUGGAAAAAAAUUUUCCGGAACAAUUGUAUACCGAUUUUGGUAUACCAGAAGACCUAUUUGUACCAGUGUUGACCAAACCAUUUAUAUUUCCAAUACCGAAAGCAGGUUCGGUAUUCGAUUAUCGUUUUAUUAAAGAAGGCAAAGGCAAAUGGAAGGCAUGGCAGGACGAUGUCAAUAGCGCACCACCGAUACCACGUGACAUACCAGUCAAUCAAAUACUUAUUAUAACCAAUGAAAGUGUACGUGUUACGGCGGUAUUAGAUCUGUUAGUGCGUCAUGGAAAGCCUAUAAUGCUGGUAGGUCCCACCGGCACGGGCAAAAGUUGCUACGCACUGGAUUACAUGCUGAAACGUAUGGAUGUGAAUACCUACAAGCCAUUACUAAUUAGUUUCUCAGCACAAACUUCGGCGAAUCAGACACAGGAUAUUAUCAUGUCCAAGCUGGAUAAACGCCGAAAGGGUGUCUUCGGACCUCCUUUGAAUAAAAAGUUUCUUAUAUUCGUGGACGAUGUGUCCAUGCCACUGAAGGAAACCUAUGGUGCGCAACCACCCAUAGAACUGUUGCGUAUGAUGUUAGAUCAUUGGAUGUGGUAUGAUCGCAAAAAUAUAGUGCCUAUGAAGUUGAUCGAUCUACAGAUGAUAACAGCGAUGGGUCCACCAGCUACCGGCAAUACAGUCACACCACGUUUUCAACGACACUUCAAUGUCAUCGCUAUCGAUGAGUUCAACAAUGAGAUUCUCAAUACGAUUUUCAGUAAAAUUGUGCUUUGGCAUUUGGAUACUCGGGGUUUUUCAAAGGAGUUUGAUCCCUGUAUUGAUGAAAUCGUCACAGCUACUCUGAAUGUCUACAAUGAAGCAAAGAAGAAUUUAUUACCGACGCCAGCUAAAUCACACUAUCUCUUUAAUUUGCGUGAUUUCUCGCGUGUUGUACAAGGUGUACUGCUCUCUGUGCCGGAGGCCACUGAAGAUUUGGAUUCCAUGCGUCGUCUGUGGGUACAUGAAGUGAUGCGCGUUUAUGGCGAUCGUUUAGUGGAGGAUAGUGAUCGUCAUUGGCUUUUCGGUGCGAUUUGUGAUAAAAUCAACAAACAUAUGAACGGUACCCCAGAGACGCUAUUCGAUCGGCUUAUACAGAAAGGUAAAAAACUGGCCGAGUCCGAUCUACGGCGUUUAAUAUAUUGUGAUUUCGCCAAUCCAAAGGCCGACAAUAAAAAUUAUAUUGAGGUUUUAGAUCUUGAAAAUUUACGCAAUGUAGUGGAAGCGUACUUGGUUGAGUAUAAUAAUAUGUCGAAAAAACCGAUGAACCUAGUACUCUUUCGCUUCGCAAUUGAACAUUUAUCGAGAAUAUGUCGCAUAAUAAAGCAGCCACGUAGUCAUGCUCUACUCAUCGGAGUUGGUGGCUCCGGACGUCAGAGCUUAACUCGUUUGGCUUCGCAUAUAUGCGACUAUGAACUCUUUCAAGUCGAAAUUACACGUUUAUAUGGACCCAACGAAUGGCAUGAGGAUAUUAAGAAUAUAUUGCGGAGAGUAGGCGCAUCGGAGAUGCAUGCCGUAUUUUUGUUCACUGAUGUACAGAUAAAAGAUGAAUCUUUCUUGGAGGACGUAAAUAAUCUUCUUAAUUCCGGCGAAGUACCCAAUUUGUUCAGUAAUGAGGAAAAGAUCGAAGUGGUCGAGAAAAUGGCUCAGAUCGACAAACAGCGUGACAAAGCCAUGCAAACCGACGGAAGUCCGGUGGCACUGUUCAACUUCUUCGUUACGACCUGUCGAGAUCAGCUGCACAUUGUGCUGGCAAUGUCUCCCAUAGGCGACGCUUUACGUAUGCGCAUACGCAAAUUUCCAUCCAUCGUCAAUUGUUGCACAAUUGAUUGGUUCCAACCAUGGCCGGAAGAUGCUCUAUUGGCGGUGUCGACGCGAUUUUUAGCUACCGAGGAUCUCUCCGAUUUGGAGCGUAAGACGGCUAUCGAUAUGUGUAUGGAAUUUCACACUUCUACACAGAAUUUGUCAGAACUAUUUGCAUUGCGUUUGAAACGUUACAACUAUGUAACGCCUACAUCCUAUCUGGAGUUAAUACAGACCUUUAAGGCUUUGUUGAAUCAGAAAAGAACAACUAUUUUGACCAAUAAAAAUCGAUAUUUAACUGGUAUAUCUCAGCUCGAUAUCGCAGCUCAGCAAGUCGGCGUGAUGCAAGAAGAGCUGCAAGCUUUGGAACCCAAACUGAAGGAAGCCUCGGAGAUUGUGGCUGAGCAAGUGGCAAAAGUAACGGCGGAUAGCAAAAUAGCGGCAGAACAGCGAGAAUUAGUGAAGGAGGAUGAAAAGGCUGCCACCGAGCAAGCUGGCAAGGCUCAAGCUAUCAAAGACGAAUGCGACGCUAAAUUGAGUGAAGCGUUACCGAUAUUGAAUUCAGCCUUAGCAGCACUAAACACCUUAACCACAGCCGAUAUUGCUGUGGUGAAGACUAUGAAGAGUCCACCGAUUGGUGUGCGCAUUGUUAUGGAGGCCGUUUGUAUAUUGAAAGAUGUGAAACCGGAUAAGGUGCCCAACCCAUCGGGUGUAGGCACCAUAGAAGACUAUUGGGGCGCAUCGAAGCGUGUGCUGAGCGACAUUAAAUUCCUCGAUAGUUUAAUCAAUUUCGAUAAAGACAAUAUACCACCACAUGUAAUGCAGAAAUUGGCGCAACGUGUGUUGAGCAAUGAAGCUUUCGAUCCGGACAAAGUAAAAUCUGCCUCGACUGCUUGCGAGGGUCUAUGCCGUUGGGUAAUUGCCUUGACCAAAUACGAUGUGGUAGCAAAAGUGGUGGCGCCGAAAAAAAUUGCUUUGGCAGCAGCCGAAGCAGAGUACAAUGCCGCCAUGAAGUUACUGAAUGAAAAAUUGGCGCAAUUGGCACGCGUUGAAGCCAAUUUGGCAGCUAUUCAAAAGAAGUUAGAUGAAGAGUUGGCGCAAUAUGCCAUACUUCAAGGCCAACACGAAGCCUGUACCAAGAAGUUGCAACGUGCACAAGAAUUGAUUUCUGGUUUGGGUGGCGAACGAACGCGUUGGUUGGAGACGGCCAGAAAUUUGGGUCGCGUGUAUAAUUCUUUAACUGGUGAUGUGCUGAUAGCAUCCGGUGUCGUUGCCUAUCUGGGUCCCUUCACCAUUGAUUACCGCGUUGGUCAGAUACACAAAUGGGUGAAUAAGGUUGCCUCAUACGGUGUGAUAUGCAGUGCAGACUUCAAUUUGUCCGUAGUUUUGGGCGAAGCUGUUGAGAUACGUGAAUGGAAUAUUUGCGGAUUGCCAACCGAUGCGUUUUCUGUGGAGAGCGCCAUCAUUUUGAAAAACUCUCGUCGUUGGCCGCUGAUGAUUGAUCCUCAGGGUCAAGCUAACAAAUGGGUGAAAAAUUUAGAGAAAAACAAUCGUCUCUGCGUAAUACGCCUCAAUCAACCCGACUACACGCGCGUACUCGAAAACGCUAUACAAUUUGGUCUACCCGUACUUUUGGAAAAUGUAGGCGAAGAAUUGGAUCCACUGCUAGAGGCUAUAUUGCUUAAACAACUCUUUAAGCAAGGCGGCACGCUGUGCAUUAAAUUGGGAGAUUCUGUGAUUGAAUAUAACCAUGCCUUUAAAUUUUAUAUUUCAACCAAGCUCCGCAAUCCACACUAUCUACCAGAGGUCGCAGUAAAAGUGACGGUUUUGAAUUUCAUGAUCACAACACAGGGUUUGCAAGAUCAGCUGUUGGGUAUAACAGUGGCACGCGAGCGUCCCGAUUUGGAGGCAGAGAAAAAUACGCUCAUUGUGCAAGGUGCUGAGAAUAAGCGUAUGCUGAAGGAAACCGAAGAUAAGAUUCUAGAAGUGCUUUCGUCUGCGGAUAACAUAUUGGAGGACGAAACUGCCGUGCAAAUAUUGAGUUCAUCGAAAGCAUUAGCUAACGAUAUCAAUGAAAAGCAAAUUGUGACCGAAGCCACAGAGAGACAGAUCGACAUAGCGCGAUUGAGUUAUGUUCCCAUUGCAGCACAUUCUACUAUACUCUUUUUUACCAUUGUCGAAUUGGCAAACAUUGAUCCUAUGUACCAGUACAGUCUUCUGUGGUUUGUCUCUCUUUUCACGGCAUCCAUCGACAACACCGACAAAGUGGAUGACAUCGAAGAGCGUUUAAAGGAUUUGCGUGUACACUUUACGUACAGUCUCUAUGUGAAUAUUUGUCGUAGCUUAUUCGAACGGGAUAAGCUCCUUUUCUCAUUGAUUUUGAACAUAAACCUCAUGAAAGCUGAAAACUUGAUUGACAAUACGGAAUGGAUGUUCCUGCUGACUGGCGGCAUUGGCUUGGAUAAUCCCCAUGCAAAUCCCGCCCGCUGGUUAGGCGUUAAUAGUUGGAAUGAAAUUUGCCGUCUCUCGGAGUUGCCUAAUUUCAAAGGAUUCCGUGAGCAUGUCACUAGCAAUUUAGGUGAUUGGAAAUUAUACUUUGACUCGAAAACGCCACAAGAUAAUGCUGCCAUACCAAAGCAAUGGGCGGCCAAAUUGACAUUGUUCCAAAAGUUACUGUUAUUACGUGUUUUCCGCUCGGAUAAAUUGGUGCCAGCAGUAAUGGAAUUUGUUGGUGAACAAUUGGGCCGUGAAUUCGUUGAUCCACCACAAUUCGAUUUGAUGGCUUCUUUUUCGGAUUCCCAUUCUUGCAUACCACUAAUUUUCAUCUUAACUCCUGGCUCGGAUCCCACGGCCACACUUUUGAAAUUCGCUGACGAACAAGGAUUCGGCACGAAUCGUCUAUUUUCGCUCUCCCUUGGACAGGGACAAGGACCAAUUGCGACAAAAAUGAUAGAUGAUGGUAUAAAGCUAGGCAAUUGGGUAGUGCUGCAGAAUUGUCAUUUGGCCAAGAGUUUUAUGCCAAUGUUGGAAAAGGUGUGCGAGAACUUAGUGCCCGAUGCUACACAUCCAGAUUUCCGUCUCUGGCUCACUUCAUACCCUGCCGACCAUUUUCCGGUUGUUGUGUUGCAAAAUGGCAUAAAAAUGACCAACGAACCACCGAAAGGUUUACGUUCGAACAUAACACGUUCGCUCUUAAGCGAUCCCAUCAGUGAUCCAGAGUGGUUCGAGUCAUGUAAACAGACACAGACUUUCAAGCAAUUAAUCUAUUCGUUGUGCUUCUUCCACGCUGUCAUACAAGAGCGUCGUUACUUUGGUCCCAUCGGCUGGAACAUUCCAUAUGAAUUCAAUGAGACCGAUUUGCGUAUAAGUUUAAUGCAGUUAAAGAUGUUUUUGGAUCAAUAUGAGGGUGUGAAUUACGACGCCUUGCGUUAUCUAACGGGCGAAUGCAACUAUGGUGGACGUGUCACCGAUGAUUGGGAUAGAAGAACUUUGAAAACUAUAUUGAGUAUCUAUUAUAGUCCCAAAGUAUUGGAUCUAGAAAAUCGUCAUUACUUCGACGAUGAAAAAAUUUACUGUAUACCAGUUUUCAAGGAGUUGGAACUGUAUUUGAAUUACACACGCGACUUACCUAUACAAACCGCACCUGGUAUAUUCGGUUUCCAUGCUAACGCCGACAUAAUGAAGGAUCAACAUGAGACGGAUAUGCUGCUGAGUCAUACACUUCUGACGCAGGACACAAGCUCCUCAUCGGCUGGCGAUGAAGGUGAAGGCAAGAAAGUUUUAACACCAGAAGAAGUAGUAACAAACGUUGCCACCGAUAUAUUGAAUAAAUUACCAAAAGACUUCGAUCGAGAUGCUGCCAUAUCUCGCUAUCCGACAAGCUAUCACCAGAGCAUGAAUACGGUACUUGUGCAGGAGAUGACACGUUUCAAUGUUUUACUCAGCACCAUUCGCACCAGCUUGAUAACAUUACGAAAAGGCAUAAAAGGUCUCGUUGUCAUGUCCGCUGCUAUGGAGGCUGUUUACCGUAGCGUAUUGAUAAGCAAAAUUCCAGCGAUGUGGGCUGGCAAGUCGUAUCCAAGUCUAAAACCACUGGGAAGCUACAUUAGUGAUUUUCUGUCCCGUUUGGAUUUUUUGCAGCGAUGGUUCGAAAAGGGUCCUCCGUCAACAUUUUGGCUCUCCGGUUUCUUCUUCACCCAAGCUUUUCUCACUGGUGCUCAACAGAACUUCGCGCGUAAGUAUAUUAUCCCUAUCGAUUUGUUGGUGUUCGACUACGAAGUGCUGCGUAUGGAAGAAGACGAAACAAAAGGCGUAACUCCGCCGGCAGAUGGCGUGUUUGUAUACGGUGUCUUUUUAGAAGGUGCCUGCUGGGAUCGUGCUGGCAAUUGGCUAGCAGAAUCACAUCCUCGCGAAUUAUUCGACCGCAUGCCAUUGAUUUGGAUGAAACCAGUUAAACGUAGCGAUCUCAAAGAACGCCACGUCUACCUUUGUCCUCUUUAUAAGACAGCUGAGCGACGCGGUGUACUCUCUACUACUGGACAUAGUACAAAUUUUGUUGUGGGCAUGUUACUGGAAUGCAAUCCCAAAACUCAUCCAUCACAUUGGAUCGAACGCGGCACGGCGCUACUCUGUCAGUUGAGUUUCUGAUUCGUGUACUUUCGUUUCUCUACAUAUAAAUAUAUAUUUACAAAUAUUAUUUCACUUAUCUUCUAUAUACAUAUGUACGAGUAUAUCUUGGUAUAUAAACUCAUAUCUAUGUACUCUUAUAUACACACAUUAACAUUGCGCACGGCCGCACGAAUUUAUUUUGGACUCCUUCUUUUUAUAAAGGAAAAUAAAUAAAACUUGAAUUUA